UGCGCAUGCCCAGAGCCCGUCCACCAUAGCAGUGUGACUGGCAAGACUAGUUGCCAGCCCAGAGAGUGAAUGAUCGCAUUGCCAGGAAAUUCGCUGAGUUCUUAUAUGUAGGCGAGUCAAAGCAAUCUUUCAUUUAUUUCAACCGGCCCAGCUGCGUUUAAGUUAAUUUCUUCUUUCAGUUCCGACGAGCAGUUUCCCUAGCGCCAGAGCUUUUGUUGAGAAGUUCGCGUUUAUCGCGGCAUUGUUUGUGGCCAUACGCCGGUAAUAUUAACUUUCGUACAGUGUGAAAUUCUCGCUCAGGUUCUUUAUUCCCACUUUGCUAUACAUCGUAACAAUUUCUCGAAUUUUCGCGAAAAUGGCCGCAACAACGUUCGAAAUGGACGGAAGUGUAAUGGAAGGGGGAGGACAGAUUUUAAGGCUGUCUGCGGCGCUGAGUUGCAUCCAAGGGGCGUCAAUCAAAAUAAAUAAAAUCCGAGCCGGUAGAAGCACACCGGGUUUGAGGCCUCAGCAUCUGUCAGGUCUCGAGCUGGUGAGGGACAUGUGCAACGGCAAUCUGGAAGGAGCCACAGUGGGAUCCUCGGAAAUUACGCUCACUCCUGGGAAAAUCAAGGGUGGGAAUCACGUCGCCGAUACACGGACUGCUGGAAGCGUGGGACUGCUGAUGCAGAUCUCACUGCCGUGUGCCCUGUUCGCUCAGGGUCCGUCAGAGCUGUGCCUGAAGGGAGGAACCAAUGCUGAGAUGGCACCUCAGAUUGACUACACAUUGAAGGUCUUCAAACCGAUAGUGGAGAGAUUCGGAGUUCAGUUUGACUGUGAUUUAAAAAUGAGGGGAUACUAUCCUAAAGGAGGUGGUGAGGUGGUGCUCAAGGUAAACCCUGUGAAGGAGCUGAGUCCCAUCAGCUUGACUGAAAGAGGAAACAUCACCAAGAUCUACGGCAGGGCCUUCGUGGCUGGAGUGCUGCCCUUUAAGUUGGCGAAGGACAUGUCCACGGCAGCGGUCCGCACUAUCAGGAAAGAAAUUAAGGAUCUGUACAUCAACAUUCAGUCUCUGCAAGAGAAGGAAAAGGCCUGUGGCAGCGGCAAUGGGAUCAUAAUAAUUGCAGAAUCAUCCACCGGCUGCAUAUUUGCAGGAUCAUCUCUUGGCAAAAAAGGUGUAUAUGCUGACAAAGUUGGCAUCGAGGCUGCAGAAAUGUUGCUAAGAAACAUCAGGCACAAUGGUUGCGUGGACGAGUUCCUGCAAGACCAGCUUAUUAUUUUCAUGGCCUUGGCAAACGGCACAUCCAGAAUGCGAACAGGCCCGAUCACUCUCCACACACAAACGGCAAUCCACGUGGCAGAGCAGCUCACGAAUGCUAAAUUUGUUAUACGCAAGGCAGAGGAUGAGCAUGCAAACAACGAUACCUACAUUAUCGAGUGCCAAAGAGUGGGUGCCGCCAAUCUUAGCCUGUGAACGCAUGGAUCCGUCGUCCUCGGCUUGCCCCCAGCCGAGACGAGGAGGACUUGUAGCAGAGACACACUACUACUGUAACUGACCGGAUGACGCAAAGAUAACUUCAUUAUCUUUGUUCAUUGCGAUUAGCGAUUCGUUUUUUGGCGCUGACCACCGAGUCUGUCCACAUUUGUCCCCUGCUGUGUCCCCUUCUGAAACUUUUGUUGUUACUCAGGGUAUUGCCUUAUACCGUAAAGAAACGGGUACUUUGAACUCUUCACGCAAUAUUCGCAGAAUCCUGACUGUUUUCGGGCAAACUUGCUUUCCGCACACGCUAACACAAGCCUUAAAGUUUCAUUAAAUCCUUCUGGUACUGUUAACAAUAACAUUAGCUUAACCAAUUUGCAUGGGCGUAGUAAAAUAUAUGUACGUCACUGGUAAAUUAGUGCACUGUGUGUACGAGGAGAAAAAUAACGUUUUUUUUUUUUCAUCUAAGUUUGUGCUUCAAUGUAGCUUUUUUUUUUUUUUUUUUUUUUUUAUGUAUUAUUUAAGUCGUAUCUACGUUGUUUCCAAAAUUUCAUUGCCAUCUUAUUCUAUUCUCAUUGAUAUUCUUAGAUCAUUUUAGUCUUUUUGACUCUUUAAAAGAAUUAUUCUUUAUCAUUAUUUCUGUUUGUUAUUUAUAAGAUGGAUUGUUUUUGUUUUGCGCAAUUAUUGCGUUUUGUGUCUACUUUGGGUGACUGUCUUCUUUUGUUAUUUGCAUUUAAAAUUGUGGAGGAAAAAAUACAAUAAAAUGAGUGAUAGACAUACAA